ACAUAUAAAAUAAAUAAAAUGUCUCCACGCAAAACGUGGAUCUCAUUUUGUUACAAGACACAGAACGGCCCAACAGAAACCUGAACUGAAACAAAACGGCCCAACACCGGCUCCAUCCAUCGUCGUCUUCGAUGGCCGGCCACUGGUUCGUUCUUGUACCUCGAUCCCCUUUCUUUCUUUGCUCCUCCUCCUCCUCGAUUCCGUCUAGUAUUCAUUCAAUUUCCAAACCCUAACCUAAUCCCCCCACCCGAUCGAUUCGAUUCGAUUCGAUUCCAUGGCCGGCUGGAUCAAUUCCACCGCCACCGGUAGCGGCGGCGCCCGAGGACCUGGAGGAAGAGGCUUCACAAACCGCCGCUCCACCAGUGACGUCAUCCACGGCGAUAGCAGCAGCGGAGGCAGGUGGAGGGGAGAGAGGUCGAGGCUGAGGCCACCACCGCAGCCUCACUAUCGCUACCGCCCUGUCGAUGUCGCUCAUCGCCACUCCCCGCGCUCCUCCACUUCCUCCGGCCACGCACAAAUAACUCAUCCCGCCUCAGCCACAGACAAGUCUUCCGCCUCCGGAACUGCGGCUCCUGCCAGUACCAAGGAGCCAGACGACAAGGCUGGCCGCAGCGCCGCCAACUUCGAGUGCAACGUCUGCUUCGACAUGGCUGCUGAACCCGUCGUCACCAAGUGCGGCCAUCUCUUCUGCUGGGAGUGCCUCUAUCAGUGGCUCCAUGUCCACUCCCACCACCGUGAAUGCCCUGUCUGCAAGGGCCAAGUCGCCGACGACGCCAUCAUACCCAUCUAUGGGCGUGGUGGCUCUGCGGCCUCCGUGCACAAUGCGCCGCCAAGGCCCAACGGAGUCAGAGUCGAGAGCUCUAGGCAGCAGCAGCAGCGUACUGAUAGAGGCAUGGUGUAUAUGGAUGAUGAAGAAGAAGACGAUCCCUUCGAUUUCCAAGGCAUAGUGAACUUUGGUUUCGGAGCUACCUCACUCCGAGAUGCUGCCAUGAGCUUCAUGCCUCCCAACUUUGAUGACGUGGAGAUGGAAGACCAAUAUGAUGAAUACGACCCCGACGACUCUGAUGAGGUCUACGACUACCAUUUGCUGGGUUUUCCGGUGUUUGCGUCUGCUGGGGCUGAGGCUGCCAAUCCCAGCUCCUCGCAGGCACAUGCUGAUUUGAUCAACCUUACGGACAACAUGUUUGGCACUGCCAAUGGCGUCUAUCAUCACCAAGAGCUUGGAUACUCUGGCGCAAACUCUCAUAACCGGCGACGGCAUGGUCGCCGUUAUCGCGCAAGGGUAAGAUCAUCAGCAGAUCACUCAAGCACCGAUGGAAUGCUGAUGGGUGCUUUUUACGGCGAGAAUAGUGCCAGUUCUAAUGUUAGUGCAGGUGCUUCUUCUCGGCCUAAUGGUGGCUGGGCUGAGAGAAGAGGAAGAAGCAGCCGGAAUUCAAAUUACAGUUGAGGGAUGCAGAGGAUAGCAGGAGAGAGGACAAAUUACAAUUACAAUUACAAUUGAUAGGUGAUAUUCGGCCAGCCUUGAUGAUAGCAGUGUUGAGAUAAUCAAAACAAAAAAAAAACCUGUCAAUCCUUCUUCUCUCCACCCUUUUGUAGUCUGUGGCAAUGUGCACCGUGUUAAGCAGUACCAUAGCUGAAAUGCUCUACUUGGUUGAUCUUUUA